AUGACUACGGAAAAAAACAAGGUAGAUAAUGACAAGAAAUUAAGCAACGAUGAUAAGUUCAUUAAGUUGGUCGACCUAAAGUAUAAAUUUGAUAUAUUGGCUAACGAGUUGUUUUAUUUAAAGGAUUAUAUAUCGCUGAUUGAGUUUGAUCCUCGCCAAAGGAACGACACAGAUAGUUAUGAUAGGUUCUUGGAGAGGGAAAAUAUUAGGAUUAUUGAAGGGGAUAUUGGUACAUCUGCUACAAGAGGAAAUAGAGGUAGCAAUAGAAGGUCACAUCGACAUCAAUUACGGGCAGCUUCCGUGACACCGUCGGGCUCAUCGGAAAGAUCUAUUAAAAGUUCUCAUGGUUUGGAUGAUAUUGAUAUUUUAGUUCAACAAAAAUUUAAAUCUUUACAAAGUGAUGAUGAUACAGGAGAACAGUUAGUGAAAGUAGAACCCAAAGCUGCGGUAAAUACUAUAAGAAAUUCAUCAAGGGCUACUAAAGGAAUCUCUAACGGUUUAGCAGUGAAAGAAGAACCAAAGAAAUUAUUAAUGAAAAAGGUAUCUAUUAAGGAAGACCAUAAAACUUCAGAUCUAAAGAGAAAAAGAUUAGCAUUUAAAAAAGAACCUACUGUAAGGAACAAUUUUAAAACAAAUGGAAACGAGACGAAGAUGGAGGAUUUAAGCCCAUUACAUGAAAUUGAUGACAACGACAGCGAUGAAUAUUAUUUUACAACAUCUUCUGAAGAAGAUAACGAAUUAGUCUCUGAGAAACCAUUAACUAAGAAACCACAUGUUGUUGUAACUUUGUCUAAACCAAAACAAACAAUUACGAACCCAUCACAAGUUGUGGUCCCAAAAUUUGAAGGAUUGAAAGAUUUUAUGGAUUCAUUUAAAACAUUAGACGAAGAUAUGACUCUAAAAGAAUAUAAUGAUUUUAUCGAUGAACAAAGAAAACUAGUUAAAGAUAUACGAAAGGGUUUGGAUGAUGGAUUAUUGGUAUAUGAUAUUGAAUCUCAAACAUUCCAACCUGUGGGAAACAAAAAGUUUAGGAUAACUUCAUCUCAUAAACCAGAGCCUAUUUCUUACAUAUACAAAGAACACAAUAAGCAUGUUUAUCACGACUAUCUAAUUAAUCAAGGUAUAUUUAUGAGUAAAUUGUUUCAGAAUUCAAAAAAAGCUAGGAUUGCCAGAGCUAAAAAAGUGUCACAGAUGAUUGAACAGCAUUUUAAACAUAUUGCGGGUGCUGAGGAGAGAAAAUUAAGAGAGGAAGAAAAACGUAAAAAAAGUAUAGUUAGAACCAUGACACAAUCCUUGAGAAAAAGGUGGACCUUGGCUGAGAGAGCUUAUAGGGUAUUAAGGAAGGAUGAGGAGGAACAAUUAAAAAGAAUUCAAGGAAAGAAACACUUAUCUAAGAUUUUGGAGAGAAGUACGCAAUUAUUAGGAGCCCAGUUAAAUCAAGGGCAGGACAGCGAGAAUGUAGGUUCAGACAAUAGUGGAAGCACUUCAGAUGCUUCUGAUUUAAGCAUAAAUUCGCGUGAUAGUGACGAUAAUUUAUCAUCGUCCGGUGAAGAGGACAAUGAGAAUGAAGUAGAUAUUACGAAGAAUGACAUUUCAAGGACUCCACUCCCUAAUUCUGAUGAUAAUGCAUUAACGGUUGAAGAGCUUAGAAGCCGAUAUGAAAGUAUUGAUAAUGAUGACAAGGCAGAUGAUACUACGGACUAUUCAGUAAAAGAUGAAGAGAACAAUAGUGGAAACGAUAGUGGAAAUGAUUCUAACGCCGAAAAUUUAACUGUAGAUCAAAAGACGGCAGGUCUAGAAUAUUUGUUUACAAAGAAUUACAGCGAUAAUAACGAAGAAAAUGAGUCUUCGGAGGAAAGUGGUGAUUACGAGAUGAGUGAGGACGCUGAAUCUCUGAGCCUCUCCGAUAGUGAUGAAGGAUCAAACAUUGAAUCAGACAUUGAAUUAGAAACAAGUGUUAAAGUAGAUGAGGAAAUAAAUAUGAUUGAGCGUCACCCUGAGCAGUUAAGUGUAGUAGAUGUUCCAGUACCUCCUUUGUUAAGGGGUACAUUAAGAAUUUAUCAGAAACAAGGUCUUAAUUGGCUAGCUUCGCUUUAUAACAAUAAUACGAACGGUAUUUUAGCAGACGAAAUGGGACUUGGUAAAACUAUUCAAACGAUAUCUUUACUUGCAUAUCUAGCAUGUGAGAAAGAAAAUUGGGGACCUCAUUUGAUUGUUGUACCCACAUCUGUUUUAUUGAAUUGGGAAAUGGAAUUUAAAAGGUUUGCACCUGGUUUAAAGGUUUUGACUUACUAUGGUACUCCUCAACAAAGAAAAGAAAAAAGAAAGGGAUGGAAUAAACCAGACGCAUUUCAUGUCUGUAUAGUUUCUUAUCAAUUAGUUGUACAAGAUCAACAUUCAUUCAAGAGGAAAAGAUGGGAGUAUAUGAUAUUAGAUGAGGCCCAUAAUAUUAAGAAUUUCCGUUCAACAAGAUGGCAAGCGUUGUUAAAUUUUAACACAAAAAGAAGGUUAUUGCUUACUGGUACACCAUUGCAAAAUAAUUUAGCUGAAUUGUGGUCUCUAUUAUAUUUUUUGAUGCCCCAAACUGUGAUUGAUGGUAAAAAGGUAUCAGGCUUCGCUGAUUUGGAGGUAUUCCAGCAAUGGUUUGGACACCCUGUAGAUAAAAUUAUAGAAACAAGUGGUGGGGUUCAAGAUGAAGAAACAAAGAAAACUGUUACUAAAUUACAUCAAGUUUUACGUCCUUAUCUUCUAAGAAGAUUAAAAGCAGAUGUUGAAAAGCAAAUGCCAGGGAAAUAUGAACAUAUUGUUUAUUGUAGGCUAUCAAAGAGACAAAGGUAUUUAUAUGAUGACUUUAUGGCCAGAUCUAAAACGAAAGAAACCUUGACUAGUGGUAAUUUCAUGUCCAUCGUUAACUGUUUGAUGCAACUAAGGAAGGUGUGUAAUCAUCCUGACUUAUUUGAAGUCAGACCGAUUUUGACAUCUUUUGAAAGCGAUAGUUCUGUUAUGAACGAUUUUAGCAUGAUUAAUAAGAAAGUUAUGAAGAUGAUUAAAAUGGACGAGUUUAAUAAGAAAAUAAACUUUGAGACCCUCGGUUUGGAAUUUUCAGAGAAUGAUAAGAAUUUAUCUUCUCAUUUAUCCAACGAGAUAUCAAAGUUGAAUUGUGGGUCAAGAUUUAAGAAAAGUGCAGAGUUUUUGGCAAAUCGUAUAACAAAGAAGACUAUAUCAAAAGAUACUAAUUCAUAUCAAAAUGCUAAAAACUUUUUCCUUAAUUUCGGAGAGCAAAAAGUGCAAAGAAAUAUUGAUCUCCUCAAUUUUCAAGAUUAUAUAAAUGAAUUGAGGUGCAAUAAACGUCCUGUUUAUGGUCAGAAUCUGAUUGAUUUACUAACUAUUUCAGAUAAGUUAAAAAACGAAAUUGUGCAGCCUUUUAUUAAACCACUACAGACCAGAUUUACUAGCGAUAAGAAUAUUAUCGAUAAUUUUGCAGUUUUGACACCUAAGGCUGUUGCGCUUGAUAACCGUGCAUUGACAGUUGGUUUGAACGAUGACAGUAUAAUAGACAUGCCAACAAAAAGUAAUAUGAUUGAAAAUUUUCACAAUAUUAACAAUCCAUUCCAUCAUCUGCAAACAAAACUGACAAUUGCAUUCCCCGAUAAAUCUCUCCUACAAUAUGAUUGUGGUAAACUCCAAAAAUUGGCGAUUCUGUUACAGGACUUGAAGGAUAAUGGUCAUAGAGCAUUGAUUUUCACUCAAAUGACAAAAGUGUUGGACAUCCUUGAACAAUUUUUAAAUUAUCAUGGUUAUCUGUAUAUGAGGUUAGAUGGUGCAACUAAAGUUGAAGAUCGUCAAAUUUUAACUGAAAGAUUUAAUAGUGAUGAUAAAGUGACUGUUUUUAUUCUAUCGAGUAGAUCAGGUGGUUUAGGUAUUAAUCUAACAGGUGCCGACACAGUUAUUUUCUAUGAUUCUGACUGGAAUCCGGCAAUGGAUAAGCAAUGUCAAGAUCGUUGUCAUCGUAUUGGUCAGACUAGAGAUGUCCAUAUUUAUAGAUUUGUUAGUGAACACACCAUCGAAAGCAAUAUUCUUAAAAAAGCAAAUCAAAAACGUCAAUUAGAUAAUGUGGUCAUUCAAGAAGGUGAUUUCACUACUGAUUAUUUUGGGAAGUUGUCUAUCACCGACUUACUUGGUGCAGAGACUGCCGUUAAUGCAAAUCUGAACAAUCGGCCACUAUUCAAAAAUGGAGAAGACAUGUCGAAGAAUCCACGUGACUUAGAAAAGAUGCUUGCACAAGCAGAAGAUGCGGAUGAUGUAAAAGCUGCCAAUUUGGCAAUGAAGGAAGUAGAAGUUGAUGAUGAGGAUUUUACUGAAAAUCUUGAUGCGGAACAUGAUAUUAAAGACGAAGAGGAUGAAUAUGAAGGAACUCAUCAUGUUGAGGAAUAUAUGAUCCGUAUGAUAGCUAAUGGUUACUACUAUUAA